AUACAUUGUUACUACUAAGGAAGAAAAAUCUGGAAAAAAUUGUUAUAAAUAAGAAAUAGAGAUGAUGAGAUGAGAGGAGUAAAGUACUCCAAUCAUCAGUCAUGUCUACCACCUAUCUACCUAACAAAAAAACCAGCCGAAAACGACUGCGUUUAAGAAGAAACCCUUAUUUGGUGCCGGAGUUAGAAUCGGAGAUGGCGACGGCGGAGUUAGAAUCAGAAAUCAACAAUGAUUCACUUCCUUAUCUUCCUAUCGAUCUCGUCCCUGAUAUCUUCUGUUGGCUACCUGUAAAACUCCUGGUACAACUCCGAUGCAUGUGCAAGUCAUGGAAUUCUCUAAUCUCCGAUCGCAGUUUCACCAGAAAGCACCUCAGCCUCUCAACCACUCGCCGCCUCCAUUACCAGCAUAAACCACGCGAGUUUAUACACAAUUCUUACCCACUCGAAUCGGUUUUAACCAAUAGAUCAACCAAAGUCCCAGAACGCCGCGUUCAUUUGAACUGUAUUGCUGGUUCCUGUGACGGCAUACUUUGUAUUUCCGAUAAGCCUAACUGUUUAGCUUUAUUCUGGAAUCCUUCUAUUAGAAAGUUCAAGGAAUCUCCCCCUUUUCAAAACUUUGAAAUUCUUAACAAGGUUUAUUCGACCUACGGCUUUGGCUAUGAUCGCGUUUCUGAUAAUUAUAAAGUGGUUGUUCUUUACAACUCCGAACCUGAUUUCCCUACCAUAACUACAGUUAAAAUUCAUACUUUGGGCACCAAUUUUUGGAAAACCAUUCCGACCUUUCCUUCUGGAACACAUGUCUUUGAUGAGCAAUCUGGAACACAUGUAAGAGGUACACUUAAUUGGAUUGCCUAUACUGGACGGCGUCAGCAAGGUCCGCUUUUCAUUGCUUCUUUCGAUUUGGGAAACGACUCUUAUCAGAAGCUUUUGCCUCCUGAUCAUGCUGAGAUCUGUCAGUUUUACUUGACAUUGAGUGUCUUGAGGGACUGCUUGUGCUUAAUUUCUGAUCAUCAUAUUUGGGUCAUGAAGGAAUAUGGAAUUCAUGACUCUUGGACUAAAUUGUUCUCCGUUUCAUACAUGCAACAUCCUACUAGGUGUUUUAUCUUGUCCAGGGUAUUGUAUAUUUUUGAGGAUGAUCGACUGCUUCUGGAAACUCAUGUGGAUUGGAAAACGAAGUUGGUUGUUUAUGAUCCAAAGAAUGAUACUUUUAUGGUUACUAGACGGGGCUUGUGGAUAUGGUAACCUUUACAGUCAAGGGUAUGGAACCAACACGGCUGCUUUGAGCACAACAAUUUUUAAUGACGGUUUCAGCUGUCGUUCGAAGCUCGAGUCGGGUGGCGGUAGUGGUUCGAAGGGGAAAGGUGUUUGCUGUGUUGUAUCGAGAUUCGAAGUCGCCGCUUCCGUCUCGAUGACCCUCCCCACCCUAUGCAGAAUUUAGCACGAGGAAUGAGAGGAUCACACUGUCGAUACCGACAUCAAAUGAAAAGUGAUUUUGAUGCAUUACCUAUAAAUUCAAUUUGAUUUUUCAGUUAAAAUGUUCUGGAUGCUUAUUAAAUGUCAUGAUUCACUUUUGCUAAAGAUUUGAACGAAUCAUUAUUAUCAUAAAAGAAAGAAAUGUUAAAAACCAAUAAAAUAAAAUAAAAGAAAGAAAUGUUA